UAGCUGUGCGCGGCCUGCCUUGGCGGUAUCGCUGGCUUCAGUUUGCGGUGUGGAGGAGGGUGGUUGUCUUCGCCGCUGCAGCAAAGGCGUCGGGGGCCAGAGGAGCAGACGCCCGCGCCGCACCAUGCCCACCGUGGAGGAGCUGUACCGUAAUUACGGCAUCCUAGCCGACGCUAAGGAGACCGCCGCCGAGCACAAAGAUGCUUAUCAGGUUAUCUUGGAUGGUGUCAAAGGAGGUGCUAAGGAAAAGAGAUUAGCAGCACAAUUUAUUCCAAAGUUCUUCAAACAUUUCCCUGAGUUGGCAGAUUCUGCUAUAAAUGCCCAGUUGGAUCUUUGUGAGGAUGAAGAUGUUUCAAUCCGGCGCCAAGCAAUCAAAGAGUUACCUCAGUUUGCUAUGGGUGAUAACCUUCCUAGAGUGGCAGACAUACUUACCCAGCUCCUGCAAUCAGACGAUUCUGCAGAAUUCAACUUAGUUAACAAUGCUUUGCUUAGUAUAUUUAAGAUGGAUGCUAAAGGAACACUGGGUGGUUUGUUCAGUCAAAUCCUUCAGGGAGAGGAUAUUGUGCGAGAAAGAGCCAUCAAAUUCCUCUCUACAAAACUCAAGACACUGCCUGAAGAGGUGUUAACAAAAGAAGUAGAGGAGCUCAUACUGACAGAAUCAAAGAAGGUGCUUGAGGAUGUGACAGGUGAGGAGUUUGUCUUAUUCAUGAAGAUACUAUCUGGCUUAAAAAGCCUCCAGACAGUAAGUGGGAGGCAACAGCUAGUUGAACUAGUGGCUGAACAGGCUGAUCUUGAGCAAACCUUCAAUCCAUCGGACCCUGAUUGUGUGGACAGACUCUUGCAGUGCACUCGCCAAGCAGUUCCACUGUUUUCUAAAAAUGUUCACUCUACAAGAUUUGUCACUUAUUUCUGUGAGCAUGUGCUGCCAAAUUUGAGUUCUCUGACCACUCCAGUUGAAGGCCUUGAUAUCCAAUUAGAGGUACUAAAACUGCUCGCAGAGAUGAGUUCCUUUUGUGGGGACAUGGAAAAGCUAGAAUCAAAUCUAAAGAAACUUUUUGAUAAGUUACUGGAGUACAUGCCACUCCCUCCAGAAGAAGCAGAGAAUGGGGAGAAUGCAGGCAAUGAAGAGCCUAAACUGCAAUUCAGCUAUGUGGAAUGCUUGUUAUAUAGCUUUCAUCAACUGGGACGAAAACUUCCAGACUUCCUAACAGCAAAGUUGAAUACAGAUAAAGUGAAAGACUUUAAAAUCAGAUUACAGUAUUUUGCUAGAGGACUUCAGGUUUACAUCCGACAACUUCGUUUGGCCCUCCAAGGCAAAACAGGAGAAGCAUUAAAGACAGAAGAGAACAAAAUUAAAGUGGUUGCACUGAAAAUAACAAACAAUAUCAACGUCUUAAUUAAGGAUCUUUUCCACAUUCCUCCUUCAUAUAAAAGCACAGUUACACUCUCCUGGAAACCUGUACAGAAGUCUGAAGUUGGGCAAAAACGGGCCAGUGAAGAUACGUCUUCAGACUUGCCAGCAAAAAAGACCCAAGCUGGGCCCAAAAGAGAUGCUAGGCAGAUUUACAAUCCACCCAGUGGGAAAUACAGCAGUAACCUGGGCAAUUUUUCAUAUGAGCACAGAGGUGGUUUCCGUGGUGGACGAGGAAGAGGAUGGGGUGGACGUGGUAACCGUAGUCGUGGAAGAAUCUACUGAAAGCAUUUCCAAAGCCAUUACUGUAUGGCUAAAACAUCUUUAAAGUUUGAAGGAUUGCCUGUAGGGGGCUGCAUUGUCUAAAAGACUGCCUUCUGCAAAAGACUGGUUUAAAUGUUCUUACACCUUUGUAUGUAUGAUCUACUUUUCUAAUGGACUACAGACUCUCAGUGAAACGACAACUGUAUUUUUGGAUGUUUAUCAGCUGGCAUUUUAAGUUUGUGUUUGUUUUUAAAGCAUCUUCAGGAUUUAUUCAGGAAAAAGCAUGGGUGUUCAAGCUGAAGCUGCUUCCGUACAGAUGUUACAUUCAUCUAUAAAUGUGGUUUAUAAUACAAAGUGGACUCAGUGUAUAAUAAUAAAAUACUAGAUAAUGGAUGGAAAUGUCGUAAUUGAAAUCAGUAGGAACUUCUCUUCAAACUGAAUCAUAUUUCCACACUUGGGAAAGAAUUAUAUUGCAAAAGAAAAAAAAGUAUAAACUGCCAAUAGUGGCAUGGUUCGUUGACUGAAUUCCUUGAUUUUUAAAGUGUGCAGCAUGGAUGCAGAACAAUCUACACUGUUAUCUUACACCAAUCCAAUUAUUUCUGGGGAAACGUGUUAAUUUUAACACUACAUCUUGCUCUUCUCCAUAUAUGGUUAUAUAAUGUAUGUGUUGCAAAUGGAUUUUUUAAAGUUCUCUAUAAAUGUAUCCCCAUGCAGACACAUUUUUGUGUCAUAAAAUUCCAAUGAAAAAUAAUAAAAUGCUAGAAAAGCAUCCCAGGAAAAACUAAUGUUCUGGCAGAUAUUAAGGUGGCUGACCAGUAACCUGACUCCUGUUAAACUUAAGAUUUUUUUUUUUAGUCUUGAACAGCUAUUUGUUUUUCAAAUCAGUUAAAUGGCUGCAUUUUAAAGUAGGUGUGGCAUUAUAUACUUAAAAUUACAACAGUUUAGUUGCACUUUGGUUAAAAAAAACUUGCAAAUGUCUUGGUAAUUCUUACAAAAGGGAAAUGUCCUUAUUAUGAUAGGCAUCUUCAAAACUUUAUUUAAAAGACUAUCAGAUGCAAUUUCUUCAGUGUUUGCCACUUAAACCAUUUCUUCCUUGAGAAUUUUUCAGUUUUGUUUUGGACUGAACAUUGUAAGAUGCAGAUGUCAAUACAGAUGUCAGACAGGAGCAAAAUAUAGUAAAGAUGAUAUGCCGAAGAAACAUUGAAAUCAGUUGAGCUACAACUGGAUUUAAAGAACUGCAAAUUCCUUCUCAUCCCAGACCCAAGUCCUUUUUACAAUUUUGGUAGGCAUAACAAAACCAAAUUUCUGUACAUAGGUAUUUCUGACAAGCUCCUAAUGUGUAUUAGCUGAAAUUAGUUUGUAAAAUGGACAGAGAUGUAUUUCUUGGUAACUACAGAUUGUUUAGGUUCUGAUGGCUGGUACGCCCUUUUCUGAUAUAGAGGUGUUGAUGAGCAAAAUGAUUCAAGUUAAGGGUCUGCUCUACAUUUGUUGUACUCAUGUUGUAAGGAAGGUGAUUUUAAAAUUUCUAAGUUGGAUUGCAGAAAAAGGAUUCUAAUUUGGAGGCAUAAUUUAUGUCUCCAAUUAAGCCAUUGUCCUAAAAACUGACCAGUUCAAAAUAUAAAUUAAUACUGGAUUAAUAGAUUUUAAAACACUUUGUUAAUUCAGUACAUUGCUUAUUUAGACACUCCGUUUUCAAAAACCUAACCUUUAAGGAAGUUUAACCACUUUUGCUACAUAGUUUUGGGAGGGGGCUCUGAUGAGUAAUAGGAUGACCAUAUAGUUCUACUCAGAAAUAAUGUGCAGAUUGUCAAUUAGAAAUAGCUCUCAUUUUGUGUUAAAAAUGCAGUGAAUUAUUUUGGAGACACCCUUUAACCGCUUUUUAUUUGUAAAAUUUCCUUUAUGCUUUUGCAAUAAAUCCAUUUUGUAAUUUUGUUA